AUGGUGUCUUCUCUUCUAUUGGCUUGCUCUCUUGUCAGCCUCACCCAGGCAGUCUCUCUGCCUCUGUCUACGAGGGGCACAAACUCAACAAAAGCGUUCAGUUGGGUCGACACAAAACCGACCAAAGACCUGCAAUACUACGACUGUGGUAGCGGCUUCCAAUGCGCCCGUCUCGAAGUUCCACUCGACUGGGCAAAUCCAACCAAAAACAGCACCGCUGCCAUCGGUAUUGUCAAGCUUCCGGCCGCAGUCCCGGAUGACGACCCAUCUUUCGCCGGCAGCGUCCUCAUCAACCCCGGCGGACCGAGCGGUUCCGGUACCGCUUUUGCCUACUCCUGGGGUCCCGGCUUGCAGAAGGUGAUUGGCGAGAACUACGAAAUCAUCGGCUUCGACCCACGUGGAGUUAACACGAGCACACCACACGCCGACUGCUUCAAGGGAGACCAGUUCGCCCGGAGGCUUUCUCAGGAGCGCACUUCCAAUCUUCCACCCAUCGAUGACGCCAUUGGCUAUCAUUGGGCGAGCGCUUCUGCUCAGAGUGCUCUCUGCGAAGAAAAUGGUGCUGAUAGCAUCUGGGGUCACAUGAACACCGCGUCCGUUGCUCGCGACAUGGUGGAGAUUAUCGAUCGCAUUGACGACCUGCGUUGGAAGGAGUCAGGCAAGGCUAAGCCUAAGGAUGCUGAGGCAGCUCGCCUUAACUACAUUGGCAUCUCGUACGGAACGUUCCUGGGCAACACAUUUGCUUCCAUGUUUCCUGAGCGUAUUGAGAGAAUGUGGAUUGACGCUGUGGUUGAUGCUGAUGAUUUCUCUGCUGGCACCUUCCGCAACGACAUCAACGAUGCCGAGAAGAUUGUUGACCAAUUUUACGAGCUCUGCUUUGAAUCUGGGGAAGAUUGUCCUCUGAUUGAAUCAUCUGACAAGUCCGGCGCAGACAUCAAGGCUCGUGUCGCUGACGUCAUUGACGACAUGGAUAACACGCCGGUGUCCUUUUCUUUCAACGACCGGCCGUAUAUGCUUACAUCACCCAUUAUCCGCCAAGCGAUCUUUUCCAUGUUGUACGGUCCAUUGACCUCAUUCGAGACGCUUGCUCUCGGUCUCGGCGCUCUUAUGAAUGGCAACUACUCCAUUCUCACGGCAUUCCUUCCCUCGGACUCGAUCAAACUCGUGUGCGACGCUUCCGAUGAUGAUGAGCUUCCCCAGUACAACUGGGACACGGAUGUCUUGGCAGGCGUUCUCUGCUCCGACAUCGUUGAUGAGGUGGUUGAUCGCAACAUUUCCUUCUAUGAAGAGGUCGUAGCCUACCUGAAGAACCAAUCCGAGACAACCGGCACUGGCGUGUCGGGAGCAAUCCCAAUCGCUUGUGCUGGCCGCAAGCUCCGCCCGUCCUACCCUUUCACCGGACCUUACACCAGCCCUGCAGCAAAUGCCAACGACACUAACGCACCCGCCGCGCCGCUUUUGAUCACCUCCAGCCGCUACGACCCAAUUACCCCUCUCAGAAACGCCUUCCAUGUGUCAGAGGGGCAUCCUGGAUCCGCUGUCGUUAUUCAAGAGACUUCUGGACAUGGAGCAACUUCCAACCCAAGCGAGUGUCUUGUAAAGAUUGUUCGGGAGUACUUUUCGGAAGGCAAGCUGCCAGAGAGCGGUACCGUCUGCGAGUCCACAUGCCACCCGACAAUUCCUGCUGAUAAGGAAAACUGCACCUCCAUUCUCAACUCCAGAGACGUGGAAUACAUGCUUCCUGCUUUGGGAGAGUUCCAUUGGUUCUAG